UAGAGUGCAGCCAAGACAAUUAAAGGUCACUCUUAAUGACAAGGACCUUUGGGCUUUCUGGUGCAAAGGUUAACGGGCUGGCAAAUGAAUUAUGGAAUAUACACAACCAAAACUGUCCCGGAUCUUCCCUGCCUGCCGCGAGGAGAAAGAAACACAGAAUCUAAAUCGGGGACAACAUUGAGAAACAAUGAAGUAAUAAUAAAAAAAAACAGUCCGUAAAAUCUUUACAGGUUAUUGCAAUAAAUAGUUCAUUGUGCAGAUAAUGCAGGAAUGACAGCCUUGAGUAUGUGUCACUUAUCUCUUGUUCCUCUUUCCACUUGCCUGUCUGCAUAGGGAUAUCCUUUGGAACUCAUUGCACAGGUUGUAAAAAUGUAAAAAUAGCGGCCAUACCUGAGAGAGCGGAGAAAGUACAUGUGAGGCUCACUUGUCUGACGGUAAAGGUAAAGCCCCGCCCAUGUGGUUGAGUAUGCGUGUAAUUCGGUUAUAUACACAUACACACACGUUCGCUCCAAGUGUCGACACAGCUUAUUCCUUCUCCUUUAACCAGGUUUCCUGUGUUCUGCUUUACACCUGGCUGCCUCCUCCGCCUUCUCUCUCUCAGGACUUACCGAAACAGGCAGAAAGGAUCGUUCCUUUUCACUACCGCCCUCCCAGACGAGAUGAACUCAGAGAGUGACCUCUACGAUGGUGUGAGUCGCUCCAGCGACUCCGCCUCCCUGAGCGUGCGGACGGAGGGCGGCAAGACACGCCGCUACGUGGGGAGGGACGGCAGCUGCCGCGUCACCUUCCGCCACUCCCCGGGGGGGUGGGGUCUGUACGUGACGGACAUCUUCACCACCCUGGUGGAGUCCAGGUGGCGGGUGAUGUUCCUCAUCUUCUCCCUCUCGUACAUCGUGUCCUGGCUUCUGUUCGGGCUCUUCUACUGGACGAUCGCGCUGGCCAACGGCGACCUGGCGGACGCGGACACCCGCCCGUGCGUGGAAAACGUGCGCAGCUUCACCGCCGCCUUCCUCUUCUCCCUGGAGACGCAGGCCACCAUCGGCUACGGCUUCCGCGGCAUGACCGAGAACUGCGCCGAGGCCAUCGUCGUGGUGACGGUGCAGGACAUCCUCAGCUGCCUCAUCGACACGGUCGUCAUAGGCAUCGUGGUGGCCAAGAUGGCGUCCGCCCGCAAGCGGGCGCAGACGGUGGGCUUCAGCAGCUGCGCGGUGGUCAACCUGCGCGACGGCGUCAUGUGCCUGUCUUGGCGCCUGGGCGAUUUCCGUGGCAACCACAUCCUGGAGGGCGUGGCCCAGGCACAGCUCAUCCGCCACGUGCCGCGACCCUCUGGGGCAGCGGCCCUGUCCCACCUGGACCUGGAGAUCGAGUGCGACCAAAUUAUCCUGGCCACGCCCACCACCCUUGUCCACAGGCUGGUGCCAGGAAGCCCCCUGUACAGGCUGGGCCCCGAGGACCUGCUGAAGGACGACUUCGAGGUGGUGGUGACCUUCACCUACACGGGUGACUCCACGGGUGUCCUGCACCAGACCCGCACCUCCUACACGCCCCCGGAAAUCCGCUGGGGCCAGCGCUUCCAGGACAUGCUGAAGGUGGGGAGGAGCCACUACCACACCGACUACGCCGCCUUCCACCAGACCGUCGCCGUGCCGGUGCCGCAGGUCAGCGCCGCGGAGUACGACAGGACGACGCCACGCCCGCUGACCGUCAACGGCUCCGUCAUUACCGUCACUUCUGCCACAAGCACCUAUCAGGAAGCCUGGCUGUAACACCCAGGGGGCCAGCUUUCAGUUCUCAAACUCAGCACCGGAAGUAAUAUCGCCCCCUGCUGAUAUCCAUGUUUUUCCGCUCAAAAAGCAAGUUUCCCCAUUGGGCUCCAUUCAUUUUUGACAGGAAAAUGAACAUACUUCCACUCGAAUAUUGAUGUUAACUCCGUGCGUUAUAUUGGGAAGAAAAGUCACUUAUUUGUUCCGAGGUAAAAUAUUUUUUCCUACCACACAGACAAAGAUAUAAUUGUUUUAUUUAUUAUUUAUUUUAGCCAAUGUCUGUGCUAUCCUCGCUGUACGCGUGAUGUAGACACAUGACCAAGAACACAACUGAGCAUGUCCACGGUACUUCCUGGUUCUGAUGUGCUCCCCAUAGGUUUCUAUUGGAGUCGCUGUCUCUACAUAUUUUAUAUACUCUAAGGCAGCGUUUCCCAACCUUUUUCCUUCCGUGGCACGGAAUUUACAGAAUCUCAUGGCACACCACUCUCAAAAGCAUAAAAAAUAAACACCCUGCAGCCCCCCCCCUGACGUUGAUGUGACGUGCCAACUAGUAGGCCUAAAUGUUCUUUUGGGGUUUUAAUUAAG